AACAAGGAAAUCAAGCAUUGUGAGCAGCAGAUUCAAGAAUUACAUACAAAGUUACUUGAGAUUCACCAAGAUUUGGCUGUUUUAGUAUCAUCAGAAAGAAAAAAGGAUGUGAUGAUAGAACAACUUGACAAGACACUAGCUAAAGUAGUUGAGGGAUGGAAAAGACAUGAGCAAGAAAAUUUGCUCAUGGCCAGCACAUUAAAACCAGAGAGAGAGGUGCAGGAACAGUCUCACAAGAAGCAGCAAGAGAUUCUGCUUCAGUUUGAGAAAGAGUUGGCACAAAGGGCCACUGAGGCAGAGAAAGAAAAACAAUUAGUG